AUGGCGCAGACAGGCAGUGUACCUAUGAGUUUUGGGAAUUUACAGAGUUUGUGGUGGUUCAAUGUUCUUGACAAUGAUCUCGGAAGCGGUAGACCGGAUGAUCUGAGUUUCAUAACUUCUCUGACCAAUUGCAGCCAGAUAGAAUUCCUGGACAUUGCUGACAAUCGUUUCGGAGGCGUGUUGCCGAGCUCGAUCGCCAAUCUGUCAACCCAAUUGACGAAGUUACUUGUCUGUGGAAACAAAAUUCAUGGAACUAUACCUGUAGUUAUUGCCAACCUCUUCAACUUGGACACACUCAGUAUGGGGGAAAACUUUCUUACAGAGGAAGUUGGGAAUUUGACAAAUCUUGCAGCACUUGAUGUUUCGAAAAAACAAAUUGUCUGGAGAGAUUCCAAGCAAUUUGGAAAAUUGUUUUGCUUUGGAAUUGCUUUCUAUGCAGGGGAAUUUGGUGAAGUGCCUGCUCAAGGGGUCUUCAAAGAUGUGAGCGGAGUUGAGGUGUCUAGCAACAUGAAGCUCUGUGGGGGGAUCCGAGAACUGAAUCUUCACCUGUGCCCCGUGCAAUCAACUAAAAAGCCCAAGAAGCACAUUGCUUUCAAGUUGAUUUUGGUUUUGAUAAUUGUUGCCUCUUGGUUAUUUUUCUGUGCAAAAAAGUUAAAGAAUAAGCCACAAUCAACAUCAUCUUCCGUUGGGCAUGAACACCCAAAGAUUUCUUACGAAGAGCUCCUCAAUGCAACUAAUAGAUUCUGUUCGAGCAAUUUGAUUGGUUCGGGUAAUUUUGGGACAGUGUACAAAGGAAUUCUCGAUCCAGAUGAAACAAUUGUUGCAGUGAAGGUACUCAAUCUUCAACAACGUGGAGCUUCCAAGAGCUUUAUUGCUGAAUGCCAAGCUUUGAAAAACAUCCGGCACAGAAACCUUGUCAAGAUUGUCACUGUUGGGUAUACCCCCUUAUUGAAGUGUGGGACACAAUUGGUUUAUUAA